AUGGCCAAAUCGAGAGAGAGUAAAUGUUUUCUACUCUGGACAUUAUGUUAUAUUAUACUCAGUAUAACCACAUUGCAAUUGGAUGCCAUCGAAACAGUGAACGUGGUGGACUUCUGCGGCCAGACGGUGCAGGCGGACGGCAUGAUUGUCCGGUCCCAUCAAGAGUCUCGCAAGUACUACUUUGUCAGUAUGGGCACAGACUGCCACUUGACCAUCCAAUCAGCCACGCCGCGCGACAAGGUGCAGUUCCACUUCCGCUUUUUUUUGGUCUACAGCCUGCUGAGGGUAUCACCGUUCAGCCCCGUCCCACACGUUCCAAUGUCGGUUCGGGGUCCAGCACCUGAACCUCGCCUGGAGCCCACACCGGGUGAGGGUCAAGGUGACCCGUGCCACGCUGGCUCUUACAUCCAGUUCUACGAUGGUCGAGAUAAAACAGCUCCGCUCAUUGGGUCUCCGCUGUGUGGCAAGACUCUGCCACGCCCGGUCCUGUCCACCGGGAAUUUCCUCACCCUGCGUCUGGUGACCAGAGGGACUCAGCCACGGGUAGACUUUGUCGGGGACUUCACCUCAUUCAGGCUGGGAUUUAAUCAGUCUGAAUGCAGUUCUGAGCCCUACUUCACCUGCAGCAAUGGGAAGUGCAUUCCCAUGAGUCUGGUGUGUAAUGACGACAAGGGAAUCGACAACUGCGGUGAUGGAAGUGACCUACAGGACUACCCAGGAUGCACCAGUCAGAUGUCCACGGCCAGUGCCCACCAGGGCUAUGUAACUCACCCAGUGCCCAUGCUAAAUGUGCCCACCCUGAAGGCGACAACUUUAGAGAAGUGCAGCGGUCCGAAUGCCAUCCCAGACCUGGACUCUGUUACAGAAUCUCCUCCGUACGUCUCUCUUCUGGCCGUCUACGUAAUACUGGGAGUUCUGGUCGGCUCGGUGUUGCUCUGCUGGUGCUGCUGGUCACCCGGCUGGUUCCUGUGGAGAGUGAGUGUGUGUCGUUUCCUGCCCUGCUGUAAUUCCUGCUGCGCCUCGUGUCAACUGUGCGGCCGGAGCUGUUACCAGAACAAAGACCACCGUCUAGCCAAAGUCACACCGCAGCGCGCCACGACACCGGCCGUCUCCACCACCACCGUCGCCGUGUAG